AUAACAAAAUGAACAAUGGAAUUCAGUAAUGUGUGCAGUUUCAGUGCGACUAAAACGCAACACUUUACUAAAGAAAUGAAUGUAUUUAAAAGACACACUGAUCAGAUUAUUACUUUCUUGGUUCUUUUUCUCUCUGUGUGUAAAUCACGAGUGUGGAUUGUUCUUCCUGUAAUUCCCGGGGAAUCUUACACCAGUAUUAAACCUGUAAUUCCACCCUGGUUCUUAUACACCUAUGUAUGUAUAAAUAUAAACUCCUGGCUAGAUGAUGUGUAUGACACGCCCUCAGCGUUUAAAAAGCCAGACCGGUUUGAGUAUCAGCACAUCCUACAGAACAUCUCACUCACUCACACCAUAGCAAUCUGUCCAUCUUCUCGUUUCACAGAAGAUAUGGAAGCCAGACUUGUGGUGGCAGUGGUUGUGCUCCUCUGUACAUUUGGAGGUUUUACUGAAGCCCAGACACAGAUAUCGUCACAGAUCAGUACCAACAUCACUCGUACCGGCUGUGGCACCACCAAGCUGUGCAUGUCGAGUGUGAAUGGCUGCGAUCCUUCAGGAAACUCCAGCUGCUUCUUCAGCUCAACACAGCUCAAUAACACAAUUCUGACCGUGGAACUCAGUGGAACGACUUUGGGAUACGUGGCGUUGGGACUCACCCCCACCACCAGCCAAAUCCUGCAAUUUCUGGGAUUGAACAAUGUUGUGCUCGCCUGCGGCAACAACAACAACAGUCUCUUCUACCAGACAACUUCACUUCAGAGCGGCACAUUACAGACUUCUGUUAGCGUGCCCAAUGGAACAAUAUUUACUGUCCAGGGAUCUAUUUUGACAAACACUGCAAUCCAGUGCAUCUUCAACUUUAACAUCACUAAUCUGUAUCAGCUGUUUCCCAGUGGCAGUGCCGUGCAGCUGCCUUUCAACGUCAACAUCCUUAACGGAACCACCAAUGGAACACAACUGGGAACUCCAAAUACAGUUUUUAACUCAAAUGGCCCAUUAGACCUGGCAAAUCCCAAGAGCACUGUUCCAACUGCUCCCAGCACGCUCAACAUCACUCGUACCGGCUGUGGCACCACCAAGCUGUGCAUGUCGAGUGUGAAUGGCUGUGAUCCUUCAGGAAACUCCAGCUGCUUCUUCAGCUCAACACAACUCAAUAACACAAUUCUGACCGUGGAACUCAGUGGAACGACUUUGGGAUACGUGGCGUUGGGACUCACCCCCACCACCAGCCAAAUCCAGCAAUCUCUGGGAUUGAACAAUGUUGUGCUCGUCUGCCACAACUACUACAACUACGGUGUCUUCUACCAGGCAACUUCACUUCAGAGCGGCACAUUUCAGACUUCUGUUAGCGUGCCCAACAUAUCAAUAUCAAAUUUCCAGGGAUCUUUUUUGACAAACACUGCAAUCCAGUGCAUCUUCAACUUUAACAUCCCUAAUCUGUAUCAGCUGUUUCCCAGUGGCAGUGCCGUGCAGCUGCCUUUCAACGUCACCAUCCUUAACGGAACCACCAAUGGAACACAACUGGGAACUCCAAAUACAGUAUUUAACUCAAAUGGCCCAUUAGACCUGGCAAAUCCCAAGAGCACUGUUCCAACUCCUGCUCCAUCAACUCCCAGCACGAUCAACAUCACUCGUACCGGCUGUGGCACCACCAAGCUGUGUUUGUCCAACUCAUCUACUUGUGAUCCUUCAGGAAACUCCAGCUGCUUUUUUACUUCAUUUCAAGUAGUCAAUCAAAAUUUCUCCUUCGAACUGAGCGGCAUGACGUCAGGAUACGUCGCACUGGCACUCAUUAAACCGCCGUCUACACAAGCCUUCGUGUUUGUCUGCGGCAACAACGCCUCUGUUAACAGCAGCAACUUCUUCUUUGUGACGGCGACUAAAAGUGGAACAAGUCUGAACGUUACGACUGUGAACACUGUGUAUAGCGUCCAAGGCAUAGUCGCAAACAGUCAGACUCUUAUUCAAUGUCUCUUCAACACCAGCACCACUUUUGCAGUCAGCACCAAAUCUGACACCACCACAUACCAAGCACUCAUCAUGAGUGGAACCACCAAUGGAACUAACCUGGGAGAUCCCACAGUUCGAGCAGACACUGUAGUAGCUAUAGAUCUGUCUAACGUGACGGCCCUGAACACAACUCCAAACAGCGCCAACGCAAUCUCCAGCUUCUGCACUAAAGUGUUUGCUCUGCUGAUCAGCGCUUUGACUCUCCGCUUGGUAUAAAACCUCUCCUCCGAGCCAGAAAGCGUGUGGUAUAUGAGCUAGAAAGCUGACUGCACUGUGUGUCUAACCGUAUAUGAAGCUGUGUUUACUUUGCUGAACAUUAGAACACCUGUGUGAUGUGUAAAUCUCCCUUUUUUUUCAUUUGCACUCUCACUGACCUCCAUCUUUUCCAUACAGCCGAUUUAAUCAGCAACCAAACACCCAGAACUACUACAUGACUACAUUAGAGAACAUGUGUAUUAUUCCAUUCCCGAUCAUUUGUACUUUCCCUGUUUGUUUUUCACUGCUAUUCAUUGCUAUGAUUUAAAUUAAAGGUAAGAAAUAUAUAAAAUGA